CGGCGUCAUGGCAUCACAGCGCCGGCGUGCAUGGCAGUCUAGGGAGGGGCGUUCUCCUCAGCACAGACGGGGGGCCGCUGCGAGGUCGGAGCUGCAUUCUCUUCAGCACAGACCCGGCGCGGGCACCGAGAGGACAGAGGAGCGUUCUCAGCCCAGACCUUCGGGGCACCGCCUCGCUUUGGGACAACUCCGGGCCGCGUCCACGGUAUUUCAGGACAACCAGGAGGGGGUGCGCGUCCACCAAGAAACUGAGAGCAAGAGCAUCUGUUCUGAGCCCUGGUGCCACCAGAGGGCGUGAGAAACCACCCCAACCAACUUCCCUUUGAGGUGCCAGAAGCAGCAAGGAGCUUUAUCUUCCUCCCGGCAGCGCAAGGGUCAUGUCAUCUUUUGCUGUUGUUCAUUGAUUCCACUUGUGCAGGGCUCCAUGGCAGUCUCCAAUCUUCACUCUAUGAAAGCACAGAUUCCUGAAAGGAUGGCCUCACAUGACCAGGAGUGGCUCUCUACAUCCCUGCUCCUGAAUAACAAGCUAACUGGAGUCUCCAUCAACUGCCCCAACAUAGACACACCUCCAAUUACCCAACUGAACUUCAUGACGGAUUGGCCAUUCAAUCAUGCCCCUGACCCAGCCUCCGUGAACAUUGGAAGGCCAACAGUGAAUUACGAAAAGAGGAGGAGGUGAGGAGGCACCUGUGCUGGGCUACAGAUCUAUGUAGUUCAGCAAUCUCCAGCCCCUAGUACUCAAGAAGCUGUAAGCCACCACUCUGUAAGACAGAAUGGAAGCACGUGAUACCACAUUUCUAUCUGCUGUAGAGACUCUUCCCAGUGUCUCAAAAUAUUUUAGCAUCUUUCAGUAAAAAUCUUCAAGUUUGUCAGGUAUUGAUCAAAAAAGGCAGCAACCUGUUUAAAGCUCCCUUGAACCCUCUAUUUUAAUGUGCCUUUGUAAAUUCCCAACAUGAUGUGUUCAUCUUUGUAAUUUAUUAAACUUGUCAUAAACUCCAA